UGCUAUCUCAAGGCUGCCAGCGUCAGAAUAUAUCGACAAGGGAGGGCCAAUCGAACUGCGGAUGCAUGCCACGCCGACCGGCUGCGUCUCGCCCACCCUUUUGGAAACUUGUUGAGAUGAAAGACAAGAAAUUAUCAUCGUCCCUGUCUCGCGUCGAACCAUCUUCCUGCCCAGACACCCGCCCAGCUCCUCACUUCCCAUCUCUUUGCUUUGCCCGUGUUUUGAUUUCAUUCGCAAUCCUUGAAUCUCCUCUCCACAGCUGUCAAUACCGACCCUAUCGGCACCCCCGUCCAACUCCGCCUUCGGACCCCGCCAACGCCCGCUUGCGGCUGCAUUGCCUCUCGAAGCUCAGCGCCAAUUAUAUCCCCCCCACGUUUAUCCACUGAGUGACCGAAGGACCCGGAAAGCGCUUGUGUGCUUCUUGUCUGCUCUGUACUGCGCGGUGCUUGACCAGAGUGCUCUAAAGCAUUCUUGCGUUGACACGAAUAAGGAAAGCCGACGGUCGAACUUGGUAUUCUUCCCGGUUAAUGUAGGACCCGAUUCGUGCGAGGUUAUGGAGAGCGCGUGGCUCGAACCUCAUACCAGCUAGCCUUUUGCCUAGAAAUGUCACAAGGUACAGUACUUCGGGGGUAGCAAUCCGUCAGAAGUUGAAGAGCAAAUCUGCAACGGGCCUCCACUGAAGAUCCGAACAGGGUGACAAGACUGCGAAGUACAAGUCUUCGAUGCUCUUCAACAAACAAGCAAAUCCGAACAUCAUGGUCAUGCAGACAUAGUUCAUACAUCAUGAUGCUGCUCUAUCAAAGGGU